UUUCUUUUCAAUAAAAAUCAUAUCUGAAAAAUUUUCUGCUGGGUGUGCCCGCGAUUGCUGGAAAACUUAUAUUUUCAGCAACGCAAUUGCAACUAUUUGAGGAAAAAAAAGUAAAAGCAUUAAGUAUUUACACGCCCGAAGACACCUCACUAGCACACAUCGCCAAAAUGCCACGAUACCGGGAAUGGGAUCUUGCCUGCAAAGUCUACGUGGGAAAUCUAGGCUCAUCUGCCUCCAAAUACGAGAUUGAGAACGCAUUCAGCAAGUAUGGACCCUUGCGCAACGUUUGGGUGGCCCGCAACCCGCCAGGCUUUGCCUUUGUGGAGUUUGAAGACCGUCGGGACGCAGAAGACGCAACCCGUGGCCUGGAUGGAACCCGUUGCUGCGGCACACGCAUUCGAGUGGAAAUGUCUUCUGGUCGGUCACGCGAAGGACGAGGCGGUGGCGGCGGCGGCGGUGGUGGUGGAGGAGGCGGUGGCGGUGGACCGCGUCGUGGCGCCCGAAGCGGUAGUGGAGGCGGCGGCGGCGGUGGUGCCCGUGCUGGGGACGGCGGUGGACGAUAUAGAUCGAGAUCCCCCAGAAGGUCGAGGACACGCAGUCGCAGCUUCUCAAGGGAUCGUCGCAGCCGUUCCGACUCCCGGGAUCGGCACUAGGAGGCGAAGAAUACCGUUGCAGCAGAUUAAACCUAUACAUAUAUAUAUAUAUUUUAUAUAUAUAAAUUCAUAUAUAUAUAUACACUUACACAGGCUCACCACCCCACCCCUCCCUCUCAAAAAGAAACACCACCACAGUCACAUAGAUUAUAGUAGAGAGCUACAGUUGUGGCCGAAGAAAGUUAUUGAUUCACCAGCUCACCAGCAGGCAGCAGCUACGAAAUUCCUUUAACCCUGGAGUAAUGGUCAUCCCCAUGUGGAUGUAAGUUUAAAGUAAUUGUAAAGUUGAUCUAUCUAUCAGUUUAUUGGAUGUCCUCCUAGGGGCUGAUUAAGUAAAAGUUUGAUCGUAACAGUAAGACCCACAACGUAAUUCCCUCCUAUCCAAACCCUAUGCGAAUCAUGACCGACUGGUAAGGAGGGAAGCUGUGCAGUGCAGUACGGUAGAUGUUGGUAUAUAGGAGUUAAGAAUAUGUUAGAUUCUAAUCAUCAGAUCAGCGUUGCAUCAGCAACAAACAACAACAAACAACAGAAACAGCACACGGAAGAAGAACAAGAAAAUAACAAGAUGAGAAAAAUCAAAAGGUAAAUGCGAUUUAACAUUCAUGGACGCAUUAUAUUGCUUUUUUUGUUGUGUUGUUUAUUUGAAAAUCUGUCGUAACACAAAAUGUCUAAAAAAAAAAAAAAAUAAAAAAAAUACUGAAAA